CAAAUAAUGAUCGACGUGUUCUGCAGUGCGACGUCAUGUGUUAAAACCAGUCAAAUGAUAUUAGUUCAGACUAAAGAGGUCGAGCUAGUGGUUGGUGUCUUCUUAUAGUGGUAUAUACACAGAGCUUUCUGUCCAGUGCUUACGGACGGUGUGUACUUGAAGGAUUUAAGGUGAUCCAUAUUUCCCUCCCAAUGGAGUCUAAAGGUCCUGGUGCACCACCCCCUAACUAUGCUGAUGUUGUGCAACCACCAAAUUACCAAGGGGCUGCUGUAAAUCCACCUUAUCCAGUUGGACCUGCCAUGGGAGCUCCUGGGAUGCCAGCUGUUUCAUAUCCACCACAUCCUGCAACUGCUCCUGUUGUGGUGCAGACUGUAUAUGUGCAGCCCAGACAACUUGGCUUCCAGCCAUCGCAGACUAUCUGUUCCUCCUGUAACCAGUCAAUAGUGACCCGUGUUGUCUACUCACCAGGUGCACUAACAUGGCUAAGUUGUGGAGGUCUCUUCCUUAUUGGGUGUGGAUUUGGCUGCUGUUUGAUCCCAUUUUGUAUUGAUGGCCUUCAGGAUGUGGAACACUACUGUCCAAAUUGUGGAGUAAAUAUUGGUGUCUGUAGACGUAUUUAAAAUUCUUUCAGAUUCAGCUAUCCCUCUGGACAUAACUUUGGCACUUUCACCUGAACUGCUCUUCAAACAUUACUCUUCUGUUUUCUAAUUAUUUGUGAGACAUUUUUCCAGAGAUUCAACAGCUACUAUCUGGAAAGAAAUCUUGCCUAUGUUGGAGACAAUCUACAGCUGAUCUCUAAUCCACAUAAUUGUAUCUGCUAAGUAAUGUGAUCCUGACUGUCAUGAGCAGCCAAUGUUAAGUCUUCACGUAGUUUUUGUCACCUUGUUUUUAAAAUAUCCCUUUUUUUGUAUAAAUAGUCACAUGAUAGCACUGCCAAAAGGUUUGGAAACACUGAUUGAAUUACAAAUGUUAGAGAAUUUGUCACUUUUUUAAACACCAGUCUUUUGUCUUAAAGUUUUUAGCAUUGAGCCAUGCCACUCCCCAGAUAUGAAAAUUCUGUAACUUUGGGAAUUCAUGGGAAGAAUGUAUCUCCAAGAAUUAAAUGACUAAUCUUUUUGUGAUGUAGAGGUACUGGGGUGGACAAGAUCAGCAGUCACAUGACACCAGUUUAUUUGAAAUCGCCACCAAGCCUUUGAGGUGCUGCUCUUUAUCGGGUGAAGCCUCUUCACCUGUGCUAAAAGCUGGAUUUCAAACCUGUUGGGCUAAACCUGGGGUCAUGUUACUGCUGACCUUUUUUCUGUUAAUGUCUGAACAAGAAAUUGUUGCUAAUUCCAAUGAUUACACUCGCGUAGUGGGUCAUGAAGGCUGAUUUUUGCAAGGGAUAGGCUAAACAGGUCAGUGAUUUGAUCAUGCAAAUGACUGAAGACCUAGUUGGCAAAUAGCAAUAGUUGAGUCUAAGACUUGCUGCAUGCAGUGGCAGGCUGUUGCUUUUAUUAUGGAAAUCGAUUUAAAUUUGUAGCAAACAUUUGUUCAUUCUACAUAACCACAAUAGAAGUUGAAGUAGCAUUGUGCUUAAUCUUUAGCCUGCCAGUUAGAGAAGCUAUAUGCUUAUAAAAUAAACCACCUCCAGUUUAAGGAACUUCCUGAAUAAAAGUUGCAGGCUAGAAAAUGCGAGAAGCUAACCAAUCUUAAAUGUGCAUUACUGGUUAUGAUAUUUAGAAACUCCCAAAUAUCACUUUUCAGUACAGAAAUUGAUUCAAACAAUCUGUUUUCCUGACCGAAUCAAAAGCUACUCAUUUUGACUUCUACUCACUCGGCACAUUGAAAAUAAGUAAUGAUCCUUCAUAUUUUAGUGAUUUUUUUAAAAAUGGGUGUAAAAAGCAUAGAAUCACUAGAUAAGUUGUAUUCUAUGUGCAGCAAGGCAUGUGAAGUGUUUAGGGGUGUAAUACCCAAUGCUUAUCACUAAAGUCCUGCAUUUGUCAUCUUUUACACAGACUUCAAACAGUAUGCUAUAUAAAUUUUAACAGAUCAGCAUACUUGUAAAUAGCAGCAGGAUCCCAACAAACUUUCACAAGCUUGAUGCCUAUGGAUACUUUUUAAAAACAAAGUUUUCACUAAGAUUCAGUUUUACUUCUGUUGAACGUAGCUCUUGAUGUUACACCUGAACUGCUCCUCAUAUUGCUUUUAUUGUUAAUGAGACUUUGACUCAAUUCAGCAACCACUGAAUCUGGAUGGAAACCCUAUUACAGUAGGCUGUCUACAGCCUGGCUCUAAAUCCUCAUUUUUAAAAAGUCAGAUGGUUAUUCAAAAGUUCUGAUAUUACUAAAAUGCAAUCUAUUUUAUACUAGAAUUUUCUAUUUACAGGUUUGUUUUUGGACAUUAGUGCUGGAUAUGGAGAUCUAUAAAUCUCCAGUACUGAAGAAUUGGAUCUUGAAUGUAACUUCUAAUCUGCCAGUUGUCUAAAUUUAGCAUUGAACAAAUCCAGGGUAAAAAAUUUUAUAUUUGUGAUAUAUUGUAAAUUUUUAAAAUUAUCCCUGUUUUUUAAAGUAGUUUUUUGCUUCUGAAUUAAAGAUGUCUUGACAGCAUUCCUCUGCUCAAUGAGAUUCUGGCUUUAUAAAUAAAGUCACCACCAGAAACUCGUCUGUCUGUCAACAGUAAGCUGUCUCCAUUUUUAAUAUAUGAUAAAUAUCACAGUCCAAUUAUCACUCUUAUUCCUACUUCUGCAUGUUUGUAACCAAUGAUAUCAGCAUCAGUCCUAUUUUCUGCUGAAUUCUAGUUUUGUUUUGAAAGCAUGAGUCUAUAAUGGUGGCUGAGCCUGCACACUGAACGAAGGAUGCACUGGGUACCCUGUGGGUGAGCUUACACACAUUUGUCUUGACACACUGAAUCCAGCUCAAACACGUGGUCUGUGCAACACUGACAUUAGGAAGACCGGAAUGCCUUUCACGCAUUUCCCACCAGCUAAAUGAACUCCUGGCUGAUCCAUGGCCUAACUCAAUGUGCUGUACUUGCCUUUGACUCUUUAUGGCUUUUAAAUUAAAAAUUGUCUGAGUUAGUAACUGAACUGACUUUUAACACUUACUGGUUUAUGGAAGAACGUUCCAAACUUCUACCAUGCUUUUGUGUGGAAUUAUGGGUGGCAUGGUGGUUAGCACUGCUGCCUUGGU